GCUCUCGUCCCAUCUAUCCGCUGCUUCCGAGGCCCCGCUUGGAACUUAUCGCGCGCUCAGACCCUUAGACCGCUCUCAGUGCUUUCAGAUUCCCAACUCCAAGCAGGGAAUCUAGCUAGAAAGAGCUACUAUUACCAUACGCGGGAUCUCUGGAUUUCAAACCGGAAUCAGAGCAUGUCUACGACAACCACAGCUACUUCCGGUGUAGAUACACCUGCGAAGAUAAAGAUAGAUGUAACCUCGGACUCAAUCUGCCCGUUCUGCUUUAUUGGGAAGCGCAAACUUGAUCGGGCAAUUGAAAUGGCAAAAGAGAAAGGCUUGAACGCCGACUUUGAAGUCGAGUUUCUCCCUUUUCUCCUUGAUCCUACUCUUAAGGAGGAUGAGCCUGUGAGCAAGAAACUUCGUUAUGAACAGAAGUUCGGAAAGGAACGGUUCGACUCGAUGGAAGCGGCCAUGAUAGAACGCGGAAAGCUGAAUGGAAUUAAUUUCUCGUACGGUGGCAACGUCCGACAAACGACCGACUCGCAUAGGUUGCUUACACUCGCCUACGAAAAGAGAGGUCAAAUCAUGCAGGCAGAUUUAGUAGAGAAAAUGUUCAGUGGAUACUUUGAGCAAGAGCAAGACAUUGGCGAUAGGGAUUACUUGACCACUCAAGCUGUUGCUGCCGGACUCUUCUCAAGCGUUGAAGAGGCAAAGAAUUGGCUUGCGACAGAUGCGAAGAAAGAGGAGGUCCAGCAAGGUAUUUUGAAAGCGCAGGCGAUGGGCAUUUCUGGUGUUCCGUUCUUUGUCUUUAACAACAAAUUCGCCAUCUCUGGUGCCGAAGAUUCUGAGUUAUUCGUGCAAGUCUUUGAGCGUAUUUUGGGGGAAGCACGAGCUCCGAGCAAACCAGUGUCGACUGGUCAAACGUGCUGAACGACGAGUGAAGUUCUUUCUUGUGAGCAGGUAGCAGAAUGAUCAAUGUUGGUAGUUGUGGACCAAGCAGUAAUCUUCAGUUCUGUAAAGACAUUGUAUGCUGUUUACUCUCGCAUUUGUAACGCUUUUCUGUCCGUGUGAAACGCGCCAUAGCCGAGCGCAGAAAUUUAUUCCUACGAUGUC